UUACACCUCCACUACUCAGGUUGCAAAGUCCAUUAUCUACUCUCUCUUCUUCAAGAAGACAUCUCCAAUUUAAUUCUAACCUUCAAUCUAAAAUUCCUCACAAAAACCCACAAUCUUCUUCAAGAAGCUGUUAUAUAUACAUAGUUGUAUACAUUUUCAACAACCCUUCAGAACAGAGUCACAAAAAGCUAUAUAUAUAGCUAGUAUUUGAGAAAUUAGUAAUUAAAAUGAUGAUGGAAAAAGAAGAUCUGGGGUUGAGCCUCAGCCUAAGCUUUCCAACAGAAAAGAGAACAACAGUCAUUAAUCCCAUGCAGCAACGAAAUCUCAUUCCUUCAACAAUAAUAUCACCUUAUGCUACUACUUCUACCUUCAAUCUCAUUCACAAAUCAGCUCCUAAUUGGAGUACUCAGUCUCUAUUUCCUGAUUCCUCAUCAGAUAGAAACUCGGAGGCAUGCAGAUUAGUGGAGACGAGGAGUUUCCUAAAGGGAAUAGACGUGAACAGGAUGCCAGCGGCGAAUGGGGAUGCGGAGGAGGAAGCAGGCGUAUCGUCUCCGAACAGCACUAUUUCAAGCUUGAGUGGAAAUAAGCGUAGCGAGAGAGAAGCAAACUGUGAGGAGAAUGAAAUGGAAAGGGCGAGCUCUCGAGGUAUUAGCGAUGAGGAAGAUGGAGAGAAUUGUAGAAAGAAGCUCCGUUUAACCAAGGAACAGUCUGCCAUUCUUGAAGAUAGCUUCAAAGAACACCACACACUCAAUCCUAAACAAAAAUUGGCUUUGGCAAAGAGACUGGAAUUAAGGCCUCGGCAAGUGGAAGUUUGGUUCCAGAAUAGGAGAGCUAGGACAAAAUUGAAGCAAACAGAAGUAGACUGCGAAUUCUUAAAGAGAUGCGUUGAGAAUCUGACAGAAGAUAACAGGAGAUUACAAAAGGAAGUUCAAGAGCUAAGGUCACUAAAGCUUUCACCUCAAUUCUACAUGCAAAUGACCCCUCCCACCACCCUCACCAUGUGCCCUUCAUGUGAGCGUGUCGCGUCGGGACCCACAAAUACACCUGUCAAUGUUCAGGUUGGUCCACCUCAUCACCAUCAACCUAUGCCCUUAAACAUGUGGGCCCCAACCACACAAGGGCAAUAUGGUCAAAUGGAAUCUUAUCCUACACUUGCAAGACAAAAGUGACAAUGACAAACUGUGAAUAUAACUAGUACCAUAAUUAUGUGUAGGGAAGAAUAUAAUGUUAUUGAGAUAAGGUUGUUGGGGUUAUGGGGAUUUUGUGGGUCUGGAAAAUCUCUUGCUUUUAUUGUUGUCCCUUCAAUUUUUCUUUUACUGAUUAAUUAGGAUUGUCAUUUUGCUCAAUUUAGUAGUAGUUCCUUCUUCCCUAUUUCAACAUCAUUAUUUGUGGGGACUGGAGAAGAGUGCUUUUUGAUGUAAAGUAUUACUGCAAGGAUACUCAAAAUCACUUAAUCACAAUCAACUAGUAGUUGUA